AACUCUAAAAAGGGAAACGACACCAAUAAAAGUCGUGCUGUGUGGUUUUAUGGGUUUAACUCGACACAAACAAAAGGUGGUGCGAUCGUGGGAGAUUAUUCUGACUGUCAGCUUUCACAAACAUCACUUCAUACUACUUUUGUUCUCAUUUAAUUACAAAACUUGUGGGAUUUGAGGAGUUUUCAGGAGAUUCAUGACAACUGAUAGGCUUUUAGGUGCUGGAAACAUCAGCAAACCUUUGAGGAAAAUGCUUCGCCUGUUUGCUUUGCUCUGUUGUUCGUGGAGUCCCGUUGGAGUGUUUGGUGAUGUAGAUGCAGUGAAGUCAGUGUCAGCGAUGGAGGGAGAUUCAGUCCUUCUAAAGCCUGGUGCUGCUGAACUACUGAGAAAUAAGAUACUGUGGACGUUUGGAGAUCAAGGUGCUCUCAUAGCUCUCAUAGAUGCCGGUCAGAUCUCAUUAUUUGAUGGUCCUGAUGGGAUAUUCACAGACAGACUGAAGCUGGACAAUCAGACUGGAUCUCUGACCAUCAACAACAGCAGAACCACAGACUCUGGACCUUAUGAAGUAAACGUCAAGGGAGGGGCAGGAGACCAAGUCAGGAAAUUCAAUCUUACCGUCUAUUCCCGUCUGCCUGUUCCUGCCAUCACCAGAGACUCCUCACAGUGUUCUUCAUCAUCAUCAUCAUCAUCAUCGAACUGUUCACUGGUGUGUUCAGCUGUGAAUGUGAACCAUGUGGCUCUCUCCUGGUACAAAGGAAACAGUUUAUUGUCCAGCAUAAGUGUGUCUGAUCUCAGAAGCAGCGUCUCGCUACAUCUGGAGGUGGAGAAUCAGGAUAAAAACACCUACAGCUGUGUGCUGAAGAAUCCCAUCAGCAACCAGACCAAACAUCUGGACAUCAGUCAACUCUGUCAACCAUGUCCAGAAAACUACUGUUGCGGAUUUACUGAACCUGUGAUCCGAUUGGUCAUCACUGCUCUGGUGGGCGUGGCUGCUGUUUCUUUUGUGGUUUAUGACAUCAGAUCCAGAGAUGCAAAGUAGCAGAGGAGAAAACAGACCUCGAUGAUAAACCAUACUGUAAAAUCUGAAAAAUAAAGUUUCUAUUUCAGUUCAUAAAUAUGCUUCAUAAUCAACAGAUUUUAGUCACGUUAUUCAAGCAUUUAAUCAUUUAAUAGCAUUUUAAAAUGCUUCAUUUAACAAUUGCUUAGGUUUUUCUUAGAAAAGCACAUAUUUACAAAAGACCAAAUAUUUUAAGAGGCACAUUGCUGGGUAAAGCACAUGGGUCUGUGCCUCCAUAGAUCCCUUCCAGUGCCAAAGCUUUCCCUUCCUUGCAGUCAGAAGAUGAGCAGAACUGGUACCUCCAACAGUCUUAUUUGCUUCUCUUUUACAUGCUGCAACCUUUGUGACACUUGCAAUGUCCCUCCACUUAUUUCUGGUUUCAUUGGACGACUUUAAAAGGAUUUGAAAUGGCUUUGAGACAGAAACAUGCAGGCAGAUUUUCUCACAAAUGCAGCUGAGCAACUUCCUCUUCCAAAACAGCAGAUGGCGCUUUGCUAUGGGUCAAUUUACACUAGUCUCCUGAGAGAAGCCCUGAAACAUGCAUUUAUAAUAAUAAUAAUAAUAAUAAUAAUAAUAAACUAGUUUUAUAGAGCCUUUAAAAGUUGCAUCUCAAAGCGGGAAAUAGAAGACAGAAACAUGCAUCAAAACACAUUUCAAGACAUAUAUAGUUAUAUAUACAAAACAAAAUAAUCACAUAUACAUAAUAAGUUUACAAACAGUUUACAGCUGACGAAAAUAAGCGGUGAACAUGUUUCUGGGCUUCUCUUGGGAGACUAGUGUAAAUUUACCCAUAGCAAAGCGCCAUCUGCUGUUUUGGAAGAGGAAGUUGCUCAACAGACAGGUGUGUGUUUAUAUGCACUAGAUUUGGUGUUUGUUCAAAGGUUACAUGCCAUUUGUAGGGUGGUUUGUAUUUAUUUGUGAAAUAUGAUGUAGGCACAUUUAUUUAUAUUUGUAAAACACAAUAC